GGGCUUGAGCACUUCGAGACUUGAGAGUUGAAACUGCGGUUCCCUCUCCACAGAAGCGCGCGAGAGCGAGAAAUGUCGACGGAGGAGGAGAGCACGGUGAAAGAACCCCUCGACCUCAUCAGGCUCAGUCUUGAUGAACGCAUAUACGUGAAGCUCCGGUCCGACAGAGAGCUCCGAGGAAAGCUUCACGCUUAUGAUCAACAUUUGAAUAUGAUACUUGGGGAUGUUGAGGAAAUCAUUACUACUGUGGAGAUUGAUGAUGAAACUUAUGAAGAGAUUGUUCGGACUACAAGGCGUACCAUGCCUUUUCUUUUUGUCAGAGGAGAUGGAGUGAUUCUUGUUUCACCACCACUAAGAUCAACUUGAAAGUUGCAGAACCUUUAUGCAAAUCAGAGGUUAAGAUGCCCUAUGUCGCUCAUUUAUUGUGUCAUUUAAAUUAGGAUCUCUCUCUCUCUCUCUCUCUCUCUCUCUCUCUCUCUCUCUCUCUCUCUCUCUAAUCUUACUGAGCCUGAGCCAAAUGCGUUGCUAUGUUUACUAACGCAAUGCUCGUCUUAAUUUUAUGCUGUGUUUUUCUCGUCAGCUUUUAUUUCAUAGUAAAUGAUUUUUGAAAGAAGCCGUAAUGUCUGAUUCUAAUGGAAAGGAGUUUAGGACU